AUGACAUCUAAACUAGAUCAUCCUCCAACCUAUGAAGACGCUCUACAGCAGCCCAAGAAUGGAAACGAACCGGACCAGCUGCAACAUGGCUCAGCUUAUCCACCGCCUCCAUCGUACAGUCCCGGUCCUGGCAUGUACCCCGGCCCCCCUGGCUACUGGGCCCAGCCCGGCAUGUGGGCAGCCCCUGGCUCUGGGAUGCCCAGCACAAUACCCACUCUGUCUGCCGGGGUGCCUGCAACAAACCCUGGAGACAUGGAUGGUUUUCUGAACACGCAGUGGGAGAGCACAUCCGUUCGGCAUGGUUUCAUCAGAAAGGUUUAUUUAAUCUUAGCAGCUCAGCUCACUGUCACCUUUUCCGUUGUUGCAGUCUUUACAUUUGUUGAUCCAGUGAAGAUGUUUGUUAUCAGGUAUCCUGGCAUCUACUGGGCAUCUCUUGUGGUUUAUUUUAUGGUUUACUGCAUUCUUAUUUGCUGCAAAGAGCCAAGGAGGCGUUUUCCAUGGAAUCUUGUACUGCUGGGAGUAUUUACUGUUGCCCUGUCUUACAUGUCGGGAACAAUUUCAAGUUAUUAUGAAACCAAAGCUGUCUUUCUUGCCAUGGGAAUAACAGCAUUAGUUUGUAUCACUGUCACAGUCUUCUGCUUCCAAACCAAGGUUGACUUCACUUCCUGCGGGGGGUUUCUCUGUAUUGCUGCCAUUUUGCUCAUGAUCAUUGGGAUUGUGACAGCCGUCGUGCUCUCCUUCCAAUAUGUGCCUUGGCUCCAUAUGCUCUAUGCUGCCAUCGGAGCCAUCGUUUACACCCUGUUUUUAGUAUACAACACACAGCUUCUCAUUGGAAACCGGGAGUUGGCGAUAAGCCCCGAAGAGUACGUCUAUGGAGCGCUGUCUCUCUACAUUGACAUUGUUCACAUUUUCCUCUUCAUCCUCCAAAUAAGUGGCGCUGCUACCGAAUAAGCUCACGGAGAGAGAGAGGAACCUUUUCUCCUGGGAUCAUGUCAGCCCAAACGGCUGACAUGAUUCAGUGUUUAUUGUAAAGUAUGUUCCAUUGCCAGCUUUAAAUGUGAUGUGAUUCUUGCUAAAAAUAUAUAUUUUGCUGUUAACACUUACGCACUUUGGGUUGUUGUUGUGCUGGAUAUGAAAAGGCAUGGCAGGAAAUUGCCUGAGCAAAACUUUAAAUCCCUCGUUUAUGGCGGUUUAUUAGUUUCAGUUUCAGUUUUGUGCUAAAUUUAUUUCCACGAAGUAGGAUUCCUUUAAUUAAUCCUUUUAUUUAUAGAAUUUGUUUGUAGUUAGAGCAUAGAAAACCUGUUACCACCUUUUAAAUAGUUUUUAACAUUACACUGUGUUCCGUAUUAUUAUGCAAAUAAG